UCUCGAUUAAAAUUGAUAAAAGGGAAAAAUAUGUAACCAGACUUGAUAUCGCCAGAUACAACCAGUACGAAGACCUUCUAAAGCACUUGUGUGAAAAGUUCCACAUUCCAAAUCCGAAGAGGUAUAUGAUUGUGAAGCAUCCAGACCAAAUAGUUGAUGAUCCUAAGUUGAUCUCUGAUAAUUCUCAACUGAUCCUGAUGCGAACGAGGGAUUAUCACCCAUAUAAGAGAAAAGAACUUAAAAUUUGGCUUGAUGCCUUUAUGCUUAAGAAAAGAAUCAAGAAGAGCUUUGAGCUUAAGAUGAUAGAAGCAGAGGAUGCUUUGAGACAAUUUCAACAAAAUGUCCCAAUAAAGCCAAAAGCUUUGGUGGAGAGCAUUCUCAAAACCGACUUUGCAAAGAAGAAUGCUGUGGAGAGUUUUCAUAAAAAUUCAGAGAUUUUACAAUGAAAUCCUGAAUUAUUCUUUGAAUACAAAAAAGAAAAAUCUCCAUCCACGUUACCUUCUACUUUAUAUACAAAAUCUAAUGGGAAGAACAUUAGUAAGCCAGUCCAGCAUGCACGUCUACUUGCUUUCAGGAAUAUAUAUGUGAAUGACAUAGAAAUUCUGACUCCAGACAUGGAAGAUUUCUGAACCCAUACUCUACACUGCAAGAACUAUGAAGACUUAGGAGAAACUGUCCGUAUUCUCUGUCUAAUGAAAGGCUUCAAUAUAAUCUUCCCUCGAGGAGACAAGUACGAGACAAUUCUGUACUGGUGAGAGUGAUAUGGAGAUAGGAAAGGUGUCCAAUCUACCAAAAGAACUGGAUGCGACUUUAAACUCCAAUAUGAGCGAACUCCUGAUCGUAAGGGAUACUUCUUAUACAAAUACCAAGCUUGCCAUAACCAUCCAAUUGAUGAGAGAAAUAUGUAUCUUGGAGAUUAUGCUUUCCAGAAAAUGAAUAUUAUAUCUAAGGAGUUUAGAAAAGUAGCUCAAGAUCCUGCAAAUGCGAAGAAAAUUGAAGAGCUCAAGAAAGAAUCUGUUGAUCCGAGGGAAAAUUAUGAUUAUGACCAAGAAUAUGAAGACUUUAUUAACGGAAUCAAACCAGUUGAGGAUAUGAGAGUCCUCAGAUCAUUCAAUCGAUGUGUCUACAAUAGGAAACAUAUCAGAAUUGAUGCAGCGUGCAAAUCCAGAGCAUUUCAGGAGUUUGAGGAUGGAGACAUUCAAGAUAUCGAAAAAGAUGGAAUCGAUUCAAAUCAAAGUAUGGCAGGAGUAUAUACAAAUGUCAAAACCUAUCCUUUCUAUCCUGAUUCUGACAACAGACAUCAAAGAAUCUUGCAUUGUGCACAAGAAUUUGAGUUAGAGCUCCUAGCUAAGAAUUACAAGAGAGAUCUCACUGAAACAAUUCUAGAUCUUGAAGAAGAUUCUUUUGAGAAAUAUAAAAUUGCUCAGCUCUCUAAGAAGAAGGACAAGAUUGAGAGAAAACUCAAGGAGCUUCCUAAUGAAAACCUUGAUAAUCUUGAAACAAGAGAGAAAUAUCUUAAACUGAACCAGAUCUCUCACAACAUCAGCCCAUAUCGGAUCUUUGAAGUUACAUCAGAAUGGAAUGAUAAUCAGGAUGGAUCUCCCUGAGAGUUCCUCAAAGACACAAUGACUCAGUACAAAAUUGAGGAUGAUUUUUACGUCCCUAAAAGAGUUGUUAAUCGAAGGAAAACCAAAAAAAGAAGACCCUUUUGAAGGAGUCGAGGUAAAAGAGCCUGAAACAGAUAGUUCCAUUAGCACCAUUGGGGAAGAGGACUCUGAACUUUGUUUAGACUCUAUCCCAGAAGCUACUUAUAGUCUAAGAGAACGGUCAAUACAAGGUAAUAAUAAUGUUGAUGUCUCUAAAGAAUUGGAUUCUGAAAUUCAGAACGAUAUUAGAGGAAUUGAGUCAAAUAAUACAUUCAUUAAAAAGAAAUCUAAGCAGACAAAAUAUGAUAUUAGUAAAGAAAAGGACCAAUUCUCAGAGCCAGAGGUCAGACUUCCAGGUGAAGCAUAGACUUGG